AUGACUAGCUCGGCCCCCGUACUUGCGCUUCCCCUGCAAUCCCUCCUCCUGCUCGUGCUCCCAAUCUGCGCCCUACGCCUGGCAAGGUCGGAUGUCAAGGUCGUCGCCAGCACCCUGCGCCACCUCAAAGCCUCUGCAUCCGUUUGCCUGGUUGCCCUCAACGUUGCGCAUCUCGUACUGUGGAUCGCCACGCCCUCUGAUGUCUUCCCCCGCACACGGGCAACCAUUCCCACUGCUGUCCUCAGCCUCGUUGCCUCGCUCGGGGAAUAUCCCCUCCGCCUGGACGACCUCUACCCGCUGUACCCGAAACUAGCCUCAGGGCCUAUAUACAGGAAACUCGCCGACGUGUGGGACAAAGCCCCGAACAAAACCGUACCCGGCGCCCUGUUCAACAUCUGGCUCUGUACGUUUGCGGGUCCCGUGUCUGCGCCCAUCGUCCCGAAACUCUUCCAGAUUGCUUUCAAUUAUGCCCAGCCGGUUCUCAUAAACAAGUCCAUCCGCCUGGCCAGCCAGCCGCAGACGCGGCUCUACAACAAUCGUGGCUUUGGAUUGAUAGGUGCGUACGCUCUUGUCUAUACCGGCAUCGCCGUUUCGACGGGUCAGUAUGAUUGGCGUAAUCAGCGCGCGGCCUCGAUUGCGAGGGGUAGCACAACAGCACUUGUCUACAGGAAAGCACUGAGACUGGAUCUGUCGUCGCCGAACGUCAGUCCCUCGGGAGCAUUAACUUUGGUUGGAACCGACACCGAGACUAUCAGCAAGGGCAUCGUCCAUCUUCAUGAGGUGUGGGGAGGCCUCCUGGAGAUCAGUAUUGGGAUUUACCUCAUCUACAGGCAACUUGGGGCUGCUUGCGCCAUGCCCGUCGCCCUCGUCUUUGCCGACCUCAUUGCCACAGCCUUUUUCGCCAUUCCGACUGGCAAAGCGUCAGCAGAAUGGAUUAAAGCCUCGCAGGACCGCGUUUCAACAACCUCGAAGACUUUGGCAAAUAUAAAGUGGCUUAAAGCCUCAGGUCUUAGUGACGUGGCCUUUGCGGUUAUCCAGACGCUCCGGGUUACUGAGUUGGAGGCUUUCACGGCAUAUUCUCUGUUGAUCCUGGUGAACCAGCAUCUGGUUGGUAUUGUCAUGGGCCUGCCCCUUCUCGCAACUGCCAUCAGGUCUUUCCAGAGAAUUCAAGAUUUCCUGAAUGGAAAGGAGCGCAAUAACAGCGGACUCGUUGCGGACAGUCCGAAGCCAGGUGACAAUAUCUUGACGGGGAAUAUGGAUUUUCGGCACCCUGAUCGGGAAUCCGUGCCGUCGCAGGAUCCCGAGCUCUUGGAAUUGCAAGGGGACGACUCUGUAUGGUUCAAUCUUGCUGAAAACGUCAUAGUUUCCAUCAGAGGAACAUUCGCGUGGUCGGAAGACUCCAGACCUGUCAUUGACAUUGACAACUGGAACAUCAAGCGAGGAGCUUUUACUUUGGUUCUAGGGCCUGUUGGAUGCGGAAAGUCGACACUUCUCAAAGCUCUCCUCGGUGAACUUUCAUCCUUCGAUGGAACUAUACAUACAAACCUAAGCGGCAUCGCAUACCGCAGCCAAACCGCGUGGAUACCGAACGAUACGUUCCUGGAUCUAAGCAUUAUCCAGGCUGUUGCUCAAGCUUUGUAUGCAAGAGGGGAGCUGCUGCUUUUCGACGAUGUCUUCAGCGGUCUUGACCCUGGUACUAAAGACAUCGUCUUUAACGGUCUUUUUGGUAGCGACGGCUUGCUUAGGGAUACUGACACCACCGUUGUACUGGUAUCGUCCAAUGCGCGUCGACUAUCAUUUGCCGACGACGUCAUCGUUCUCAGUGGAAAUGGCCAGGUCAUAAACAACGAAAUAGCCGGACGAUCUACCAGGGAGCAAUAUCUCGGGAAGGAGACCAUCGAAUUGAAUAAAUUUUCGGAAGCGGCACUUCGUCAAGCUGGAAGCUACAAUGACUGCCCACCGGCUGCGUUAUUGGGCGUGCUUGAGGAUGAAAUCAGCAGCAGCUUGAACGAAGAGUCGAGGCGGGUUGUCGACGAGGUGCUCCGGACGUGGUUCCACGACUGGACCGUCAUCGUCAUUGCACACAAGCUGGAGUCGAUCCUGGAGUUUGACCGAGUUGCGGUCAUUGAUGCGGGGGCGGUCGUCGAAUAUGACGAGCCGCAACGGCUCCUCGGUCGCGCCUCUUCUUUCAAGGCACUGCAUGAGCACUUGCAUGAGCACUCGUCUCGGCCGAUCUCUCAACGAGGAGCCCAGUCACUGUACACGCACGACCCAGGUUUUAGGGGCAAGCACAUGCCCCCACGGCCAUCGCAACUCCUCCAAGCCCUCAAGACGACGAACCCCACUGCCAGGCUCUUCUCCACAACGCCCAGGAUGCCCGUCCACCACCUCAUGAUCGGGACAUGGACCCCGCCCGGCGCCAUCUUCACCGUUGCCUUUGACGACGAGAAGUUCACCCUUGAGCUCAUCAAGCGCACCGAGAUCCCCAAGGACGAGCCCAUAUCGUGGAUGACCUUUAGCCACGACAAGAAGAACCUGUACGGCGCAGCCAUGAAGAAGUGGUCCAGCUUCGCCGUCAAGAGCCCCUCCGAGAUCGUCCACGAGGCCUCUCACGACAUGACCCAUGACCCUAACGCCGCCCUCUCGACAACAAACACACGUGCCAUCUUCCUUCUCGCGGCCCAGAAGCCCCCCUACGCCGUCUACUGCAACCCCUUCUACAAGCAUGCCUCCCACGGCAACGUCUUCGCCGUCUCUCCCACCGGCGCCCUCGACGCCAACGUCCAGAACUACCCGUACGACCCCAACACGGGCAUCCACGGCAUGGUCUUUGACCCCACCGAGACCUACCUCUACUCGGCCGACCUCACCGCCAACAAGCUGUGGGUCCACAAGAAGCGAUCCCCCGACGCCCCCGAGCUUGACCUCGUCGGCUCCGUCGACGCCCCCGACCCGGGCGACCACCCGCGCUGGGUCGCCAUCCACCCCACCGGCAACUACCUCUACGCUCUCAUGGAGGCCGGCAACCGCCUCUGCGAGUACGUCGUCGACCCGGCCACCCGCCUCCCAGUCUACACCCACCGCUCCUUCCCCCUCAUCCCCCCCGGCAUCCCCGGCGCCAAGAACAAGAUGUACCGCUCCGACGUCUGCACCCUCUCCCACAGCGGCCGCUAUCUCUUCGCCACCGCCCGCUCCAACAGCUUCGACGUCACUGGCUACAUCGCCGCCUUCCGCCUCGACGACAACGGCCACAUCGCCCGCCAGAUCUGCCUCAACCCCACCCCUACAAGCGGCGGCCACAGCAACGCCGCCAGCCCCUGCCCCUGGACCGACGAGUGGCUCGCCAUCACCGACGACCAGGAGGGUUGGAUCGAGAUCUACCGUUGGCAGGACGAGUUCCUCGGCCGCGUCGCGAGGCUGCGCAUCCCCGAGCCCGGGUUCGGCAUGAACGCCAUCUGGUAUGAUUGA